AUGAGAAGUCGACCUAAUAGCAAAGCACUCACUGCAAUCUGCUCAAUGGCCAAUGCGCUAACAGCAGGUUCUAUGUUUACUUAUCCAGUCUUUUCUCCUACCCUUCAAUCUUCUUUAAACUUUUCAGUUAAACAAAUUUCAGCUACUGCUUCGAUUGCAAUCUUAUGUCAAUAUCUUUGUGCUGCUCUUUGGGGUAUAUUAGCAGACCGAAAAGGCUCAGCAUUAGUUUCUUUGGCUGCAGGUUUAUCCUUCUUCGUUGGUUAUAUCAGUUUAUCUUUUUUGAUUUCAUUUUUCGAAAACGGUUCAGAUUCUACUGCUUCAUUUUUCAUUUGGAUCUCUGUUACUUUGGCUUAUUCACUUUGUGGUAGUGCCACUAGUGCAUCUUACUUUGCUGCUCUUACAGCUGCUACUCAAGUUUUUGGAUCCGAUCAUCCUGGUCUUUCGAUUGCAGGACCAGCUACUCUCUUUGGACUCAGCCCAUUAGCUUUCACUUCGAUCGGUACUUGGCUAUUCAAUCAUGGAGACAAUCAGUUUGACGCUUUGGCGUACUUACGCAUGCUUGCUGGUGUAACAUUAAUGACCAACCUUGCGGGAUGGUUCGGUUUUCCUGCACUCGAUUCAUCCAUUGAUGUUACUCCGGCUCAAGAAGAUGAGAGCUCGCCCUUGAUCAACCCAACAACUACACCUUCAUCCUCUGAUGAGACUGACGAACCCGAUGAAAGACAUAGUCAGAGGAGGGAUAACAAUCUUCGAACAAAUACCCUACCUGAUCAUGAUACUGUGAUUGGAUUCUUAUCACAGUCCGCGGUUUGGAUGUUGGGCUUCAUUGUGCUUUUAACAGCAGGCCCUGCUGAAAUGACAGUAGCAUCGAUAGGAGCAGUGGUAGAUUCAUUCGUACCUCUGGCACCUAUCUCGCUUAAAGCACGCCACGUUCAAAUUAUUAGCCUUGCGAAUGCGGUCUCAAGACUAGUGGUGGGAUGGACUUCAGAUCAACUUUGUAAAAAUUCUCAACAACCUGCAAGAAGGAGGGUUGCCCUGAUGGCUUUUGCACCUACACUUUAUGUUCUUGUUUGUGCUUGGAUCGGGCUGGGGGGUCAACAGUUAUGGGUAUUAAGUUUAACUACAGGAAUCUGUUAUGCAACCAUCUUCAGUAUGGCUCCAAGUAUAAUAGCAACUAUCUGGCCUAUCGAAGACUUUGGUCGAAACUAUGGUAUUAUCUCAUACUUUUCAGCUACUGGUAGUUUCCUUUUCACUGGGUUUUUUGGAAUUAUGUUAAAUGAUCAAGAAUCUUUGAUUCAUCAAGGAGAUAGUGUUAGAUUGAUUUAUGGGAUAUGUGGUUUGAAUUAUUCAUUAUGUAACUCUGUUGAGGAAUGUGGUGUGAAUUUCUGGCAAUUGAUGUGUGCUAUGGUUGAAUAUCAUCAAUAA